GCAAAUGCAAAAUCAAGUAAUUUACUGCUCGACUGCACUGCGCCCACCAGCUACUUGAAGCUCUGUACGAAGAGAGAAAAGUGCGGGAGCAACGAUUUUCUGAGUUCCAUUCAAGACAACCAGACAGUGACUUGCCAGGUGGAGCUUUACGGAGCUCGGGAAAACAUAGAAACAAAUAUGUGAAUCUUGGAAUACUUCAUCUAUGUGCCUGGAAGACCGUCUCACCUUCAAAGCUACAACUAAAGUGUCUCACUUUGAUAAAGGAGGCCUGUGUACGUUUUUCCCCGUUAAUACCAUCAAUCUCUAUGGUGAAGAGAUUGUGUAUCCAACGUGUCCGGAUAUAAUUCGUGCAAACAGCAGCGUGCUCUGCGAUGACAAAGGUUUCAUGAACUACAUUGGCACUUCGGGGGUAUCGUACGAGGAAAUGAUCUCGCACUACGAGUUUUGGUUGUACCUCAUAUGCAUCAUUAUUGCUUGGUCUGGGUUUGCCAUCACAGUUGUCAUGUCUGAUACUGUUUGCUUCCAGCUGUUGGGUGCUGCCAGUAAUAAGUACGGUCAGCAGCGUUUGUUUGGCUCCCUGGGAUGGGGAACCUUGGUGAUCAUCACAGGUGGAUUGAUCGAUUAUGCAUCUGAGGGAGAUGCAGAGAAGGACUAUACCCCGGCUUUUGUUCUUUGCGUCGCAGUCUUGUUCAUCGAUCUCUUUGUGGCCUCUCGCCUUCAUCUCAUGUUAGUGGAAGAUGUUGCCUUUGAAUGGAACUGCCACUUCCAAGCCUUGAAGCUCCUGCAGGGUCUUAUUAUGGGUGUCCAGUGUUUUGGUGGAGAAUUACCAUUCUUCUUCCUCUCUGGUUGGUUCAUCAAGAAGCUAGGCCAUGUCCAUGCAAUGUCUCUGGUUAUUGGUGUGUUUGGCAUCCGCUACAUUCUGUAUUACACUGUAACAAACCCUUGGGUUUUCUUGCCCAUCGAACUCAUGAAUGGGUUUACAUUCGGUAUCUUUUACGCCACCAUGACAUCAUACGCAAGCCACAUAGCUCCUCUUGGUACAGAAGCGACAAUGCAGGGCAUUGUUGGUGCAGCUUUUGAAGGAAUUGGUAUUGCUAUUGGUGGCUUUGUUGGAGGUGCUGUCUUUGCAACAGUUGGGGGUUCUAAGAUGUUCCUCUUCACGGGAAUAUUCAACUUAAUUUUUGCAGCCAUCCAUGUAACCCUUCAGAUUCUUCUUGACAGGCUGUGGAUUGGGUCUGUUUCAUCAGGCAGCAAUCUAAAGCAGAACACAGGUUCAGGUGAUUCUGCCAGAAAGAUACUAGAAACACAAGGGUGGUGUGUGUUUGUGUGUGCAACUGGGUUCCCAAGCAGCCAAAGACAUGAGCAUAUCGAUAACCAUCAUGCACAUGGCAGUAUUGAAACCAUCAGUGAAAAAGUGACUGCAGUAGGACACCUGGCAAGAACUCUUGCAAAUACUGAGGGAGAACCAGGAAGGCAUCUGUAG